AUGGAAGCGUUCUCCAUUCUUUAUCCCCCAUUCAAACACUUGUGCUAUACAUUGACGUCGCCGUCGCCGUCGCGUAAUCACCACCGUGUUCCAAAUCUCCGACAUCAUGGUGGCGUUGGCCGUCGAUCGGCCAUGAGUUUACAGAGUCUUCGACGAAUCACAACCGCUCUUAAUCGAUCUCAUCGCAAUCCAAUUCAAUUUUCAGUCAGAAGCACAAGUUAUCUAGAUCUAAGUAUUGAUUUCAAUUUCAACAUCACCAUGGAUGAUUCUCAUACUAAGAAAGAAGUCCAAUCAGGUGAUGGCUUGAACGUUGUUAAGGAUACAAAGGAAACGAAAAAGUCGCCGGAGAUCCCUCCGCCACCGGAGAAACCGUUGCCGGGAGAUUGCUGUGGCAGUGGUUGUGUUCGCUGCGUAUGGGACAUAUAUUAUGAUGAGCUUGAAGAAUAUAACAAGCUUCUAAAGGGAGAAUCCGAUUCUUCAAUCGGAUCAAAGGUUUCUUAA